GGUGCUUUUCCGUAGUGUAGCUCUAUUAUUCAUGUGAAAUUGUGAUAAACAAAAUUUCGUGACAAGUUAUCGAGAUGUUAAGCGAUCAGUCAACCAAAUCUAAAACCUCAAGGUCACGUGUACUGACCAUUCUUGGACUUUUCGCUAUAGCCGGAAUCGUAGCAAUAGCCUUAGGCCUCGGUCUUGGUAUAAAACAAGAAGAAAAAAUCGUGAUUGAAAAAUGUGAGCCCCAGCCGCCGGCCCCGUGUGAGCCCGUGGCUUGUGAUCCCUUACCCCAAACAGACUCGUCCAGAAUUCAGCGCGGCUCCCCUUUGUAUGUGCAGCCGGGAACGAACAAGGAAGGCCGAUUUAAAUACGCGUCCGUGGCAGCGGACACCAAAAUAUGUUCCAUCAUGGGAACGGAGAUGAUGGCUCGUCACGGUGGGUCGGCGAUGGACGCGGCAAUCACGGCUACACUCUGCUCAGGCGUCUCCAAUCCUCAGAGCUGCGGAAUUGGUGGUGGGUUCUUCAUGACCUUUUACAGACGAAACGACUUGGCUCGAUUUUCCGUCAUGGCACGUGAGAUGGCGCCAGGGGCUGCCACCGAAAACAUGUACAAGGACACAGGUGCCAGCUCAAGGGAAGGCGGGAUGGCUAUCGCGACCCCUGGCGAGGUUAGUGGUUUAUACGAGGCGUGGAAGCUGGGUGGCAAGCUUCCAUGGAGCACUCUGUUCCAGCCCGUUAUCCAGUUGUGCACACAGGGUUUCCCCGUGGGGUCGCUCCUGGCGUAUGACAUAGAGAAUAACAAGGCUUACAUUGAUACGCAUGUGAAUCUUAAGGCCAUGUUGACCCACGAUGAUGGAGUCACGCUGCUGAAGGAAGGAGACACCAUAAAGAUGCCCAAACUGGCCGCUACCCUGGAAAAGAUCGCUGCUGAUCCGUUUACAUUCUACAAUGGAUCGCUAGCGCAGGAUAUAGUGGACGAUAUCACAGAGCAGGGCGGUAUAAUCACCCUUGACGACCUCAAAAACUACAGCUCGGCGAUAAAACCCCCAUUGGAGAUGCCUCUGAGCGGCAACUUCACGGCCCUCUCCCCUCCCCCGCCAUCGAGCGGCGCUGUCAUACUUCUCAUCCUAAACAUACUCAAUGGUUACAACAUGGAUCAAACAGACUUCCAGGACACUGCACGGGCGGCACAUACCCUGCACCGAGUGACUGAGGCGUUCAAGCACGGGUUCUCUGUGCGGACGCAGCUUGGGGACGUCGACCAAGAGGACCAGCAGUUCAAUGACGAUAUUGAGGCACUUCUGAAUAAUAUGACAUCUGCUUCCUACGGGACCCAAAAACGCGAAAAAAUAACCGCCAGCACACACGAAACGACGUACUAUGAGCCGGUGUUUGAUUUCACAAUCCCGGACGCCGGGACCUCACAUAUCUCGGUCCUCGGGAAUAACGGGGACGCUGUAUCCAUAACAACCACCAUCAACCUGCAUUUCGGUUCCAAAGUGGUCGGAAGUAAGACCGGGAUCGUAUUUAAUAACGAAAUGGACGACUUCGCAACUCCAAACACCACAAACUACUUCCAGGUUCCCGCCUCACCCGCCAAUUUCAUAAAGCCCUUUAAGCGCCCCUUGUCUUCCAUGUCUCCCACGAUCGUAUUGGGCAGCUUCGAUAACGAGGUGAAACUCGUCACAGGUGCCUCAGGGGGAACACGAAUAAUCACAUCCACAGCAUUGAAUAUCAUCGAGACAAUGUGGCUGCAAUUCGGUUUGAAGGAGUCGAUCGAGUACCCACGCAUCCAUCAUCAACUUCUGCCACCAGAGCUCAGGAUAGAAGCCGAUAUGCCGCAGGCCAUCAAGGACGACCUUUUAGCCCGUGGACACGUUUUCGACACGCAGGAUAAUCUGGGAUCGGCGGUUCAGGCGCUGCAGAAAAGUGUCGCGCUCGGAACUCCGAUUCAAGACCUGACCUCGCGGAUUCACGAUGUGAUCCUAGCCUACUCCGACCCCGUUAAAUAUGGCGAGGCCGAUGGAUAUUAAUGAUGUUGUACUCCGGAUUAAUUAUGCUAUGUAAAGUUAUAAAUAAAUUCUUGGUAGGACGUAUUAAAAAACAUAUGAAUACACAAUAGGCCCAUUGUGCAGAACAUUGUUUUAAGUUAACAAAUGUUGUUAGCGUCAUGCAUCGUUAAUAACUUUCACCUUUUUGCGGGUCUGUAAGUUUUAAACUGCAGUACUUGUAUCAAAUAUUGGGACAUCUUUUUUAUCUAUGCUUGUUUUAUUUAAUGAUAUGAGGACAUCAUCAACUUUUAGAAUUAACAAUGAUGUAAGUAACCACGUUGUUAACUUUAACAAAAUACUGGACAAUCGGCAUAGUGUGUUAAGUUUUUACAAUCCUGUAUUCUUAUAUCCAUCUUUCAUUAACCUGAUAAAGGCCAAAUGGCCGAAACGUUCUUUCAUUAAUAGAUAAUUUGUGUCAAAGUCGGACUUCUUUAAUUAUCACCAUACAGCCAUCUUUGUCAUUCUCAACACUCCACUUUUGCUAUGUAUCGUUUUGAGAAAUUGGAAUAAUAGUUGUUUUUGUGUAUCCAGCUCCAUUCACGAAUGCAUAUCAUAGUUGUAUUUUUGCAUCUUUCGAUCACAUAUUAUGAUAUGCAUUGUAUGCUUUGUGCUUAUUUUAUUGCAUAUUAUAACAACGCCUGAUUUGUUUGACUUCUAUUCUAAUUUUAUAUCCAUAUAAUAUAUCCCGAAAAUAAAUUUAUUUUACUA